CCAACUGGCAUUGCACUUGUACUUCGAUCAUCCUACAGAGUCUUAAAGGAACCUCUACCAACACAGACAUGGCUUCUUUCCUUCCUUCGUCGAGCCUCAGCUUCCUUCUCAUGUCAUUGAUGCUGGUAACCAUUAGCACAACAGUGGUUGCAAAGGUCAUUUACCGGCCGAGUCCAUGGAACCUUGCCCACGCUACUUUUUACGGCGAUGAGACAGCCUCCGAGACUAUGGGAGGAGCUUGCGGUUAUGGAAACUUGUUCAGUAAUGGGUAUGGUACAGAUACAGCAGCAUUGAGCUCAACACUAUUCAACAAUGGUUAUGCUUGCGGAACUUGUUACCAGAUAAAAUGUUACGGGGCAAGUGCAUGCUUUGGAAAUGUUGAAUUCACCACCGUCACCGCCACCAACCUUUGUCCGCCAAACUGGUCCCAGGACUCCAAUGCCGGAGGCUGGUGCAACCCUCCUCGCACCCAUUUCGACAUGGCCAAACCUGCCUUCAUGAAAAUUGCUCAGUGGAAGGCCGGCAUUGUUCCCGUCAUGUAUCGCAGAGUGCCGUGCAUGAGGUCGGGCGGCCUUCGAUUCUCUUUCCAAGGAAACGGGUACUGGUUGUUGGUGUAUGUGAUGAAUGUAGGAGGAGGAGGUGACAUUGCAAGCAUGUGGGUGAAAGGAAGCAGAUCAGGGUGGAUUCAAAUGAGCCAUAACUGGGGAGCUUCAUACCAGGCAUUUGCAACCUUGAAAGGCCAAGCUCUCUCUUUCAGGCUAACUUCCUACACAAGCAAAGAGACUAUAAUUGCUUGGAAUGUUGCUCCUUCAAGCUGGAAUGUGGGUUUGACUUACAAUUCAAAUACCAACUUCCAUUGAUGCACAAAAGCACGCAAAUAUGCGGAGAUUCUGUAUUACUUAAUAUGCCUACUUAAUUGCCACUCUUUUUUUUUUUCUUAAUUUUCCUUCUUUUUUUAUAAAGCCCCAAGGCCUUUAUCUGUAGCUUUGGCUUGGAAAAUUUCCCUUUGGUUACUCAUAUAUCCUUACUAAAGUAAUUUUACUGAUCACAACAAUGAGAGAACAAUAUAUUUACAUGCUAUAUGUACAAUUGCUUGUUUUCAGUAUUAUUUGGUUGAAACAAGUGUUCUGCAAGUAAUAGAUUGUUCUAGUGAAUAAGGUCUUUCUCAACCCAA